AAGACUUUGACUUAGGCAAUAUCAAGAUAAAAUGUCAGAUCUUUGGUUUGUAAAGUCUCCUUUUGAAAUUUAAACAAUAUCUUUUAUAUGUUUUAAGGUGUUUGGAGAACUGCGUUUAAUCUCUCCUGCUUCAUGUGAUGGACAUCUUAUUAUGACUCCUAACACAGAGACUGUGGUCAAAACUAACAGAGAUGGCACUGCCAGGGUUACCUACAAGAUAAUCCGAGAGAAAGGGGAUGGGAAGACUAGCAGUCCAUUGGUCAGUGUGAGUGAAACUGGUCAAGUGACCUCGGGUCUCAUCAGUGGUCAAGCCACACUUCUGGUCACUGCACACGAAGACUUCGGGGUCAACCAGACACUGGUCAUUCUUAUCAAGGUGAAACCAGUCUCGUACUUGAUGUUUAAUCUGGAUACUGUGAUUAGGACAUCAGAGGGACACCUCCACACCAUCCCUGUGGGUACAACGCUGCGUUAUACCAUCAGUUACCAUGACGAUGUGGGCGAGAAGUUUUACGCUGUAAAUACUAAGCUGAAGUACAGACCAAGCAGGUUUGAUCUGCUUCAAGUUUCCCCAGGAUCUGUGAAUGGAACAUUGGUCGCCAGGACAACAGAUGUGGGCCUGACAGUGUUGAAGGUUUGGGAUAAGCUAAACCCCAGGACAUCAGACUAUAUCAAGAUCAAUGUAGGGUAUGCCAUACAACCAAUGCAGGCAGAGGUGGUACUGGGAGAGGUGAUCUGUCUGCACAGCUCCAUCUUGUCAGAACAAGGUUACAAAGGAGAAUGGUCUGCUGAAGGCAGUGCUCUCACAGUGAAUCCCAGGUCUGGCAUCGCCGUGGCAACACAAGUGGGGAAGACAUUUGUACAUUACACGGUGUCCAAUGACAUUUCAACAUACACGGAGAUAAUUGUUGCCCCAGUCCAGUCAAUUCACAUUGUCCAGGACAAUUUGAAAUCGCUGACCAAUGUUGUCAGCAGAAGCAGAAGUUGGUCUAUACCAGUCAUACUAAGCAAGGAGCAGGGGAUUGGCAAUGGCAAUAUCAUGGGUAGUAACUGCAGUGGGAUUCUGUCCAGUGAGAAGUUCCAGGUGACAUUCCCAUACAGAUGUGAACUGACCAUGAGCAGGGCUCAUUCUGCGCUCAGUGUGGGAGAUUUGUUCAAAGUGUCUCCUGACUUUGACUCUCAGACAGGCCAGUACAGUUGCAAGGUCACUCAGGUGGACAAUGACCUCCUGCAGCAGGAAAUAAGCACCUUGGAGACAGAUGUCCAACUCCAGGUGACGGUCACCCAGAGAGAGCACCAGCCAAAAGUGAUGUCCACUCUUCUCAGCGUUCCAUUUUAUCCCGCGUUCCACGUGAUGACCACUGAGCUGUUGCUAAGCAACCUCCAGCCACUGUCCAGUAUCAGGGUGUCUUCAGUGAGACCAGUUAGAGAUGAAAUCAAGGUUGUUGCCAGUGACCCCUCUCUCCUGGAGAUCCUGUCUCAAGAAGUGGACUCUCAGACACCCACCAUUGUCCACUACCCAGUGAGACUGUUGGAGAAAGUGGCCCUGUGGGAAUUGGAGAACCUGGAACUCAGAGUGGAACUGACCAAUGGCCUGACUGGACAGCACCAUGCAGUGCCUGUAAGGGUGAAGUUGAUUGGUCAGAGGCAGGAUGGACUUGGAGUUCCUCAAAUAGAAGGUCAGAAGGACUCGGGCUGGAGCAGUCUGCUCACUGUGAUAGGGCAUCACUACCAAACCUGGCUCUUCAUGCUGCUUUGUAUAAUAGCCACCAUAUCAGCUAUUGUCAUUGGCUACCAUGCUGUGAUGGGUCAAAAGUAUUCUGCGGCACCUCCUCAGUCUGGAGCUUUCUUACAGCCAGGCAGCCCUCCAACUUCACCUUACUAUGCACAGUCACCUGCCUAUCCAUCCUGGCAGCGUACCCCCUCCCCUGGCAGGCCCAGCUUGUGGAGCUCUGGAUACGACCCUCAGGACUCCGUAGAUACCUCCUUCAUCAAACGCUCUCCUCAUCACCGUUCACCGUACCAGUGACACGGGACAGGAAGAAACAACUGAUCAUCACACAUAACUACAGCUAACAGGAACAUCACAAAUGUACUGGGUCAAGUCCUGGAUCUUGUUGAUAAGAUUAGAUUUGUGGUGUGUGAGUUCAGGCCUGCAAGAUCAGAGUAAAAGAUUUUUUUUGGUUGCAUAAUAACAAAAUAAUCUCUAAAAAAAAUUAGGCAGAUUUAACAUGGUGAGGAAAAAAGACAGCAUAGUCUUGUAGAAAAGAAAAAAAAUGUUGGCACAGUGUUGUAGAAAAGAAGAAAAAAAAAUGUUGGCUAAAUGUUGAAAUGAUCUGUUUCAACUGUUUGGGGUAAUGUAUCAGACCUAGUCGAGUGGAUACAAAUUGCAUACCUUGCAAAAAGUAUGUUAUCCUCAGUAUCAAAAAUGAUCAGAGAUUUAAAUUGUUAUUGAAUUCCCAACGUUUCACUCUCCAUGCAGGACUAAGAUGGUGAACAUCAUUAUCAGGUCUCGCACCAUAACCUGCAAUGGUAGAGAACUGGAACUGAUCUCUAAGAAGCAAUGAGAUGAUAUUUAAAUUGUAAAUAUUGCAACAUAAGAUGUACAUAUUAACAAGAUUGCAAUGUCAUUGGGAUGCAUGUGAUACAUUUAAAUGUGCUUAAAAGGCACAGUGGGUGAAUCUUUGACACAGCACUAAAGCAAAUUUUGAAUGUUUUCUAUAAAUUUCUCAUAAUACACAAUGUCAAUUUUUCUUAAUUACGUUCAAUUAAAGCGCAGUGAUCUUUGUGAAUAUGCUGUCUAGAAAUUAUUUUUAAAUUUUUUGUUUGAGAUGGGUAGGAAAUUCAUUACAACCUCUUGCCAUUUUGAGACCCAAAGCAUAAUUUAAGGUUUCAGUGUUAUUUUUACCUCUGAUUUAGAGUAGAUACAGUGUAUUUAAGUCACUGGGGUGGUCAAUCAAAACACUUAAGUCUUGCUUUAUUCUGUGUUGCAGAAAAUAUCACCCCCUGUGCCUGCAAGUUAUGUGAACUUAUGAUUGGUGAACAACAAUAGAUAUAACUGUAAAAUCAUGUGAUGUAAUUGAAGACUGAUUGUGAUUGAGAGGUGUGUGGCAGAGUGCAUAAAGAAUGUAUAAUAGUGUGGUAGAUGUGCCUCUUGAGUUACCUUUUUUUCAUCAAGUUCAGACAUGAAUGAAAAUUGUUGGUGGGGGGAGGGGGGAGGUAGAAGUUUCGGCACAUUUGAGUGAAAUGAGUGUUGUGGUACAAAGUUAAUUUAGAUCUCUGUACCUUUCUUUUUUUCUUGAAAAUGAUACAUUUUUAUGAAAGGAGCAAGCUUUUAUUAUAGUUAUUGCUAUACAUAUUGCUUAAAAAACAAUGCAAUUGGUGAUUCAUUCAACAUCUGUAAAAAUGAACAUUUUGCUACUAUUUUCUGUUCACUUGUACAGUUUUACUAUUUCGUGCUGGCCAAUAAAGAAUGUUACUGCUUUAUUAACAUUAAAAUUGUUUGGUGUGUGGCACAUAGUGAGUUUAUUGCUUUUGUAGCUAAUAGUUGAGUAAAUGUAUUCAAAUGGCCCCAGGGUGAUAGUGAAUAUUACUGAAAUGUAGAUGAGCUAGGCAAUAGAAUUGAAAACCCUAUUGGUUUUUUUUUUUUCUAAUAUAAAUAUUGUGAAUUUUUACACCCACAAACACUAAGAAUUAUGAUAACAAGAUAUUCUGUCUCUUCAUGACAAAUGGGGCACAACAA